AAGUGCGCAAUAUAGUUGUUUUUCGAUACGUUCAAUGUUAUUAAAACAAUUUCAAAUUAAUAUAACAAAUAUUGCAAAAUAUUGCACCUUGUUGUUGUGCUACACAGAUUUCUCAAAUGUCAUAUUCAGCUAAGGCGAUGAACAAAUUGCAAUUAUUCAAUAAAAAUUAUAUAAAAUAUUUUCAUGGAAAACUUCUUUUGCGAUGUAUGACAUCAAAUUUGAAUGCAGUAAAUUCUUCAGAAAAUGAAAACAAUACAAAAAACAUUAAACAAAAAAUUUUAGAAGCUUCUUUACCAUUUGUUGUUAAACAUGGUUGGACUUAUCAAACAAUUGGUUUUGGAGCUGAAUCUAUGGGGAUGCCGAAUAUCGUACAUGGACUAUUCCCUAAUGGAGGUUUAGAAUUAGUUUUGUACUUUUAUAAUCAGUGUAAUGGAAAUUUAGAGAAACUAAUGCAGGAGCAUAAAAGUUUAAAUAUGACUGCAUUUGAUUUUAUUUGGUUUGCAAUACGAGAACGGCUACUAAUGAACACACCUUACAUGAAGCAAUGGCCGCAAGCCCUAGCUUUAUUAGCAAUGCCAAACAAUAUACAUCUUUCUAUGCCAACUGUAUUAAAAUUAGCCGAUGAUAUUUGUUAUCAUGCUGGCGAUAGAUCUGUGGAUUUCCGAUGGUACAGUCGAAGACUAGCUGUGUUAGGAAUUUAUAAAUCAACAGAAUUAUAUAUGUUACAAGAUGGGUCUCAAAACUAUGAGUCAACAUGGAACUUUCUGAGCAGGCGUGUGAAAGAUGCUGAGGAUGCUAAACGGAAUCUUGAUAAUGUUGACAAAGUGUUAGAUAAAAGUACAGAGACUGCAAAUGCUGCUUUUAUGACGGUUAAAAAUAUGCUUAAUAUUUAUUAAAAAGAUCCAGG